UUUGAUGGAGACAGCACGUGGGAUUCAUGGGCCUAUAGGGACACAGAAUUAUUUUAGAAUUACAGUCCCAGUAGAGUAGAAGAGUAGGGCACUCAUCAGAAAACCAUUUUACUCUAAUUUCUUCACCAACAAACCUACAAGAUUGAAGCCUAUCUUCCUCGUCUUCUUCACUGCAGAAUUAGGGUUUUGUAACACGCCAUCAGGAACAAUGCCUGAAGAAAUAACCACCGAGUCUGUUGUCAGCAACAUCAUGGAAACCAUUUCCGACUCUGUAUCCAAGCACAAGGAGGAGUUCUUCCCCGGGGAGAAGACCCGGCCCAGGAAAUUAUUCGGGCGUGAAAAACCGGUUCACCAUUGUUUGGGGGGUGGAAAAUCUGCUGAUGUGCUGCUAUGGAGGAACAAGAAGAUAUCAGCGGGCCUUCUCGGCGGCGCAGCUAUAACAUGGAUUUUGUUCGAAUGGCUAAACUACCAUUUCCUUACGCUGCUAAGCUUUGGGAUAGUUAUGGGCAUGUUGGUUCAAUUUGCUUGGCGAAAUGUGUCGUCGUCUGUGCCCCGUCUUGUUAUACCCGACGAGGUUUUUGUUAACGCCGGGGAGGUCGUCGGAGCUGAGGUGAACCACGUGUUAGGGUACUUGCAGGACGUCGCCUGUGAGGGAACUAUGAAGCAGUUUCUAGUGGUAGCGGGUUGCUUGUUUGCUGCAGCGAUUGUAGGGGGCUGGUGCGAUUUCUUGACGUUGAUUUUCAUCGGUUUUGUCGCCGCCCACACAUUGCCUGUCCUGUAUGAAAAAUAUGAGGAUCAGAUCGAUGAUUUUGCUUACAGUGUGCUGGAACAGCUCCAACACAAUUACCGGAAGCUGGAUGCCGGUGUCCUCAGCAAACUACCUAAGACAAAGUUCACUGGUAAGAAGAUCGACUAGAUAUGAAAUUCUUUGUAAAUAUUGCCGGGAACAGAUUUGGGCCGCUUCGCUGUGCUGUGCUACAUCUCAUGUUGUGUUUACGUUUGCUUGACAUCAUCUACUACAUUGUUGCAAAUACUAUUUCUACUUGGCUGUUGUUCGAGUAA